UGCACCAUAAAUUAAGGAUCCAAAAUCUAAGCAUCCAACGAUGAUGUCCCAUAAUUGGUUGGUAACUACUAAUUGGAUUUGUACUUGUGUGUGUUGCAGAGGCCCUAUUGAUGGAGCAUUUAACACCCUCAGACUAUUUAGCGGACCCAAGUAUGACGGGAAGUAUCUUCAUCAGAUUGUUAAGGAAAAACUAGGGAGCUUGAGACUGCACCAGACCUUGACAAACGUGGUCAUACCAGCUUUCGAUAUCAAGCGACUCCAGCCCACAAUAUUCUCCUCCUAUGAGGUGAAAAAUAAUGCUCUAUUGGAUGCUGAGCUAUCUGAUAUUUGCAUUAGUACAUCUGCUGCUCCAACUUACCUUCCUGGACAUUACUUUAAAACAAAAGAUUCUGAUGGAAAAGUGAGGGAAUUUAACCUUAUUGAUGGUGGUGUUGCAGCUAAUAAUCCGGCAUUGGUUGCUAUGGGAGAAGUAACAAAGGAGAUUUUUAAAGGGAACCCUGAUUUCUUCCCAAUCAAGCCUACAGAUUAUGGUCGAUUUCUAGUCAUCUCAUUAGGAACAGGUGCACAAAAGAAUGAGGAAAAGUUUGAUGCCAAGGAGGCAAGUAAAUGGGGAAUUCUGGGUUGGUUGCUAAGUGGUGGUUCGAAUCCAUUAAUCGAUGCCUUCACUCAAGCAAGCAGUGAUAUGGUUGAUAUCCAUAUAUCUGUGGUCUUCCAAGCCCUACAUUCUGGAUCUAAAUAUUUGAGAAUUCAGGUGACCUAUUUAUAAAUGAUUGUUGCAUGUUUAUAUGGAGUUAUGUGAUUAUAUUGUUACAAAUAUGAAAAUGUGAUGAAGUUAAAUCUUAAGUACUUGUGAAGAAAGCUUCUAUUUGAAAG